AUGGUUGACCUUUUGACCCACACCACGCGCGCUAUUGCGCCGGGCUCGAGAAUGAAGGCCCUCAUCUUGGUUGGAGGUUUUGGGACGCGACUGAGGCCGUUGACGCUGUCUCGCCCCAAGCCGCUGGUGGAGUUCGCCAAUAAACCCAUCCUACUGCAUCAGAUAGAGGCGCUCGCGGCGGCUGGGGUGAAGCAUGUGGUACUGGCGGUGAGCUACAGGGCUGAGAUGUUGGAGCAGGAGAUAAAGCAACAGGAGACCAAGCUGGGCAUCACCAUCACACUCUCACAUGAACAAGAACCUCUGGGAACUGCAGGGCCACUGGGUCUGGCAAGGGAGAUACUGGAGAAAGAUGCCGAGCCUUUCUUUGUUCUGAACAGUGACGUCAUCUGCAGCUACCCCUUCAAGAAGAUGUUAGAACUACACCACUCGCAUGGGAAGGAGGGAACCAUUGUGGUGACAAAGGUUGAGGAGCCAAGUAAGUAUGGCGUGGUGGUGUACAACCCAACCAGUGGGCAGAUUGACAGGUUCGUGGAGAAACCAAAGAUCUUUGUCUCCAACAAGAUCAACGCCGGCAUCUACAUCUUCAGCCCAACUGUCCUCAAGAGAAUACAGGUGAAGUUUAUGUCACUGGAGAAAGAGGUGUUUCCAUUCAUGGCUCAGGAUGGACAGCUGUUUGCCUUCGACCUGGAGGGGUUCUGGAUGGACAUUGGUCAGCCAAAGGACUCCUGCGAGGGAUGGCUCUCUACCUGUCCCACGUGAGACAGACGUCUCCAGAGAGACUGGCCGAGGGAGACUCCUUUGUUGGAAAUGUCCUCGUGGUGAGUUG